AUGAGGUUUUCCGUCGCAUUUGCUGCAGUUCUUGCUGCGAGCGUGGAAGCGUCUGGUCGUCAAAGAAGGCAAUGGGGGUAUCCGGAUGUUGAGGAUUGCGGUCUCGAUGGAUUUGAAGGGCAUACGUCUGAGGCGGCAUUGUUCUGUUCCAACAUCCUUCGUUCAGGGACUGCAACAGCCACCGUCACCAAUGGCUACACCACGACAACUACCACGACCAAGAAGACUACAGUUACCAUCCGGCCGACAACUACUCCCACACCUACCCCUACACCCACUCCUCAGCCAACGCCCACACCGACGCCAACAUCGAAGUCAACAUCUUCAUCUCCUCCUUCGCCACCGUCGUCGUCUUCAUCGCCCAAGCCAUCAUCGUCGGCUACACCUGUACAGCCUUCUUCCACAGUAGUGUCUUCGACCCUCGUUUCGAGCCCAUCUCCGACACCCACAGCCGCUCCAAGCUGCGGUAUUGUCGCGUACGUCAAGACCACGCCAGCGUACUACUUCGAGUCUAGCGGCACAAAGAAUACUUUCGAUGCUUGCAGCGCGCUUUGCAAGGCUGAUAGUAAGUGUAAGAGCUUCGGCUACGGAGAAGCAAACUGCAUGCUCUUCGACGUCACUGCGGCGGAAAAUACCAACUACAACCCCAUGUCUCCCUACACCUUCUAUGACGCCGCCUGCCCCGCUGAACUUCCAGUGCGCAAGCGCCAACUCGACAUCUCACUCGGUCUCCCCGGUGGCAUCCACAUCUCGCUUGGUCUCGGUCCUGGCGAGAUCUCGUCGGCUUGCUCGUGCUUUAUUACCAAGGGACCUGCCAGUACUACGGUUACAAGGACAGUCAGUAGUGCAGUUGUCAGAACCAGUACUGUGACUAGCACUGUUACUAGGACGCGAGGUGUUGGUGCUGAAUAG